UCAGCCAUGGCCACCUAAGGGCCGUUGGUAAGCAAGCGAGGCAACUCGUAAUGGUCACCGCUCAUCCAUGCCUUCAAUCCUCCCCAUAAGAUGCUGCUACCGCGAAGCUGAAAAGUGGCCUGGAAAGGCCAUAGCGAGGCGGAUCACCAUCAUCAACAAUUUCUUCAACGGCGACAAAUACCUUGCAUAGACCGAGCAUGAACAGGCAAGUUGAAAGAGAUUGGUAUAAUGCUCCUUUGCGAGGAUGUGGGAGCAAACAUGUCUGUGGAUUCUCUCGAAAUCAAUGCCAAGGCUGGAUCUAGCACAAAGCAUCAGCUUCCCAGGCUCGGUUCCGCUGAUGAGGAGCGUUCAGCGGACAUAAAAGGAGCUUCUUCUAAAAGGGCGAGACCCGUGGUUGAGGCCAACAGCGACCUUACAGCCGGGCCAAACAAGAGGCGUCUUCUCCAUUCUUGUCAAGUCACUUCCAGGCAGACGCGGCCUUUUGCAGCUCCUGCGCCCCAUGGCGUCAAUCAAAAUUCUUUGAGAGCAGCGAUCCGGUCCAGACAAAGAGCACUAGGAAGUGAUGGGAUGAGGAGACAGGCAUGGUUGAACAGUCUGCGGAUACGAGGAUCUGAAUUGAAAGAGCUGGAUAGAGAAGCUUUCGAAUUGGUGGAAAGACACCAUAGAGAACAAUCAAGAUCUAUAGAACCUGCGCCGCCAGCUCACCCUGUUCCUCGCCUGUUGUCGUCGUCUUUGGGAUUAUCAAAUUAUGACGCUUUCGAUGCUGAAGAUAUAAUGUUGCAAGAGACUGAAGAUAGCGGGCCACCCCUGAUAUAUAGCGAUUUCAACUUCACUGAUUCAAAUACACCGAUCGCGCCGAGCGGUAUCUGGGACAGCGCCAUGCAUAUCCUUGACGAACCGAAUGAAGACCAUGAGAGCAGUUCUGAAGAGCUCAAGGAGGCGGAGCAGCAGAGUCGUUUAUCGUUCACUCAAUUCAUUUAAACGCAUUCCAAAAUUCCAAUUACGGCUUCGCCGUUGUAUCAAAUAUCGAAGCGAAUCAAAGUAUAUCCACAGAAAACAAAAAAAUCGUCUAUAAAAAAAUCCGAAAACUCGAUUAGGAUAUCAUUUUAACGUCGUGCUGUGAUU